GCCGCAGAGAGUUUUAGAGACAGCCUGGUAGCUUCACGCCGGGUGUAAAACAGACAGCACAUUUUAGACAGAGAGAUGCCUCAUAAUAAACGGACCCAGAAGAAAACACUGAAGCUGGACUGUGAGUGGGGGUCAUGUCAGGAGUCUUUCAGUUUGAUGGAAAACUUCUGCAAGCAUGCGGAGGGUCACCUUGCUGUGAACAUGGCGGAGGAGGAAGAAGAUGAAGCAGAAGAGGAGAGAAACUGUCUCUGGAAAGACUGUGGUUUCUGCUCUGUGGAGGGCCCUGAAGAGUUGCGACGACAUCUCUACUUUCACUGUUACCAUACUAAGCUAAAGCAGUUGGGUCAGCAGGUGCUUAAUGCCCAGCCGGAGAUUGGCAGCUGCUCCAUCGGCUACCACAACCGCAACAUCAUCCCUGAAAUCCCAGACAAUUUUAUCUGCCUUUGGGAGGAAUGUGAGCAUCCACCGUAUGAAAACCCAGAGUGGUUCUACCGCCAUGUGGAGAUGCAUAGCCUGUGUAUAGAUAUACCAGCUGGUGACUGUGAAUUCCCAGUACGCUGUGGAUGGAAAGAUUGUGAAGCCACUGCUAAAGGGCGUCCUAAGCUGCGGGAGCACUUGCGCAGCCAUACUCAGGAGAAGGUAGUGGCAUGUCCAGGCUGUGGCGGGAUGUACGCCAGCAACACAAAAUUUUUCGACCACAUAAUUCGACAGAGCGCCAUGGAAGGUCAGAGGUUCCAGUGUUCUCACUGCUCCAAGCGUUUUGCAACAGAAAGACUACUGAGAGACCACAUGAGGACCCAUGUGAGCCACUACAAAUGCCCACUGUGUGACAUGACUUGUCCAUCACCGUCAUCACUGCGCAACCAUAUCAAGUUCCGCCACAGUAAUGAGAGGCCAUACAGCUGUGACUACUGCGAGUACAGCUGUAAGAAUCUGAUCGACUUGCGUAAACACCUGGAAACCCACAGCAGCGAGCCGGCAUUCCACUGCGACGUUUCUGGCUGUGGCUUCACCUCUCGUACCCUCGGCACCAUGAAGAUUCACCAUAAAAAAGAGCAUGAGGGGACUUUUGUAGCUCGCUACAAGUGCCACGUGUGUGGUCAGUGCUUCACCAGAGGCAACAACCUCACUGUCCAUCUGCACAAAAAGCACCAGUUCAAAUGGCCAUCUGGACAUCCUAGGUUCAGGUACAAAGAGCACGAGGACGGCUUCUUGAGGCUGCAGCUGAUUCGCUACGAGAGUGUGGAGCUGACAGAGCAAUUGAUGAGAGAAAGACAAAACAGGCAGGAGGAUGAGGAUGGUGGUCAAACUGAGGUGGAUGAAGUAUCCCACGGGGCACUUCCUUCAGAAGUGCAGGUGGAACUAAGAGGGGUGCUGCUGGAGGAGCAGAGGAAUGAGGAGCCGACUGUCAGCACUGAAGAGGGCGGUCAGGAAGAGAGCAUGCUGUACGUUCUCAGUGGAGGCUUGUCACAAGCAGGGGAGGACACUGUCAUGCUACAACUCCAGGGUACUGCUCAGCAACAGGGUAUGCAGAUGAUUUGAACAGUCCUGCGUACAUGGCUAGACACUAUAAUCUGCUGUGCUGUUUCUCAGAUGCAUGGCAAAUGUAUAAAGAAUCCUGUGGAGUUUUUGUGCCUUUAGUGUGGGCUGGCACAGAGAUGUAGAUUAGGUGUAAAACAUCUACAUGAAGGGAUGUGUUCUCAAUGAUGACCCAUCUUGACUAUAAGCCUAUAUUAGGCAAUAAACCAGUUUUUAUGUGUGUGGGGUUUUUUUUGAUGAUGUUGAGCUUGUGUGCAACCUCUUGGCCUGAUUUUUUUUCAUUUAAUGUGUCUCACACAAUGUAUCUUCAAACAGUUGAAUGCUAAUGCUGCAUUGCUGAGUGGAUGACCAUUUUCUGUGAGAUGGAGAGGUUAGACCCAAAUUCAGAAAUGCAUCAGCCACAUCCUUGAAUGUUCACAAAAAUGACAUGUUAAUUAAAAUGUAUAGACCCCAGCAAAGAAGGGUUGGGUUGUAUUGUUUUUAUAUGCUUAAUCUACAACUUGAAUAAACCUCUGACUCAAUGUUUACAAAAAUCACACUGAAAU